GCUAGACACAGACUGGAGGGGGUACGGCUUUGAGUAGAAGAUGGCGGAUGUUGAAGUCGAUGAAAUUCGGUCGGCUCUCCUUUCGGCUUCCAGUAAUGGACCCGCUGCAGGUUCGGUAGUCGGUACCGGAGACCAAAAUGCUACCCAGGUGACGUCAGGUCCACGGAUGGUUAGAAUUGUAAAGUCGGAAUCAGGAUAUGGAUUCAACGUUCGUGGACAAGUUAGCGAAGGAGGACAACUGCGAAGCAUUAAUGGGGAAUUGUACGCCCCUCUUCAGCAUGUCAGUGCUGUUUUGCCUGGAGGGGCGGCGGACCGAGCUGGCAUAUCAAAGGGUGAUAGGAUUCUUGAGGUUAAUGGAGUGAGUGUGGAGGGGGCCACCCACAAGCAGGUGGUGGAUCUGAUCCGGGCCGGAGAGAGGGAGCUGGUGCUGUCCGUGCUGUCUGUGCCUCCCCAGGAGGCAGACUGCCUGGAGGCUGGGGACGAGAGCGCAGCCCAGCUCAGCUACGACUACAGCGACAAGCAGGCCGUACCCAUCUCCAUCCCCACCUUCAAGCACGUGGAGCAGCACGCCGAGAGGUUUGUGGUGUACAACGUGUACAUGUCGGGCAGGCAGCUGUGCUCCAAGCGUUACCGAGAGUUUGCUAUCCUGAACCAGAACCUGAAGAGGGAGUUUGCCAGCUACACCUUCCCCAAGAUCCCCGGGAAGUGGCCCUUCUCCCUGUCUGAGCAGCAGCUGGACGCACGCCGCAGGGGCCUGGAGGAGUAUCUGGAGAGAGUUUGUUCUGUGCGGGUGAUUGGGGAGAGUGACAUCAUGCAGGAAUUCCUGUCUGAAUCAGAUGAGAAUUACAAUGGCGUGUCAGACGUGGAGCUGCGGAUAGCCCUGCCAGACAAGACCACCAUCUCGGUCAGGGUGCGCAAGAACAGCACGACUGACCAAGUCUACCAGGCUUUAGUGAUGAAGGUUGGUAUGGACAGCAUCAUGGCCAGCUACUUUGCCCUCUUUGAAGUCAUCAACCACUCCUUUGUGAGAAAACUGGCCCCCAACGAGUUCCCCCACAAGUUGUACGUGCAGAACUACACAUCGGCCGUGCCGGGUACCUGUCUGGCCCUCCGCAAGUGGCUCUUCACCUCUCAGGAGGAGGAGCUGCUCAGGGACAAACCUCUGGCCGUUCACUACUGCUUCCACCAGGCAUUGGAUGACGUGAAAAAGGGAUUCAUCAAAACAGAAGACAAGUCUUACCAGCUGACAAAACUGGCAGAACAGCGCAAGAUGGCCAUGUAUCUGAGUCUGCUGCGCUCCUGUGAGGGAUACAAUGAGGUCAUGUUCCCCCACUGCUCCUGUGACUCCCGGAGGAAGGGCCACGUCAUCACGGCCAUCAGCAUGCACCACUUCAAGCUGCACGCCUGCACAGAGGACGGCACGCUUGAGAACCAGGUGAUAUCGUUUGAGUGGGCGGAGAUGCAGCGCUGGGACACUGACGAGGAGGGCAUGGCGUUCUGCUUUGAGUACGCCAGGGGGGAGAAGAAACCUCGCUGGGUCAAGAUCUUCACACCAUACUUCAACUAUAUGCACGAGUGCUUCGAGAGGGUCUUCUGUGAGCUCAAGUGGAGGAAACAGGUUGAAAAAGAGGCCUCUGACAAAGACAACCAGAACUGCAGUAACAAUGCUUUACUGGUCAGGAAGUGAGCGGUUGAGUUUGGUUUCUUGAACCUUCUCUCUAUUCUAGAAUAUCUCCCUGCUCUGGAGACACAGAAGGGAUGGCGCCAUCUAGGGGGCGAGAUCGCCACAUCCUAAAUACUCCACCAGAAUCGGUCCACUCACGCCAUCACAACCGAGAAUGCCAUCUGCAAAAGAAACAAAAAAAGAGAACUGAGGCGAUUCACUCCAGAAACCGGAAACCAAUUUAUUUAUUUUUAGUUUUUUAAUGUAUCACACAAACCCAGGAAUUCGCAGAUAGACGACAAGCAAUGAAGGAAAAAAAAAACAUGUCAUUACUAGAUGUUCAUAGAACAGCAUAUAUUUUUUCCUCCAUGCAUCACCGCUGACAUGGGGCGGGACACUAGCUGAGUUCUUCCACCCCACUGGUUGAGGAAACCGAACAGUACUGUGCGAUUGGUCAAUGUUCACAGCAGCCUGCUACACCAUUGGACGAAGGGAACAUCUUGACGCGAUCAACAGAUGACACGCCAGCGAGGAAGCCAGCCGGCAUCUGCAAAGUGAUUGUGAAGGCCAGUUCUGCAACACGUUUGGUCCGGGCCAAUGCUUUCAAUGUGCCUCUGGUCUGCUGAACUACAAGAUGAUAUGCUGGGAAACAUGAUCGAGGGUGGGCGGGACACCAUUGUCACUGGCAAUGCUAAACGGGAUAUAGCAUUGUUUUCACUGUUGCAGGACAUAAUCAGAUUAUGUUUUUUGGACAAGGGUGGUAAGAAACAAAAGGUUAUCUGUCAAAAGCCUAAGAGGCUAUAGGCUACAAAAAUAGUCACACAAUCUGUAUAUAAGCUCCCAGUAAUUAAUUGGGUGGUUUACCCAAUCAAUUACUGAGAGUGUGUGUGUGCAACUCUAUUUUUAUAGUCUACAGUUUACUCGGCAUUAGUCAGCACCUCUAACUUUUUUGGGUGUGCGCCAGCUCAUGCUUUUCAAAAGAAUAGGAGACAAAAGUAACAUGCAAGGGGUUAUGGUCAUAAAAACUGUACACUUAUGUUUUAGGAAAACCUGCUUUAGUGAUUGAUUAAUAUAAGAGCUCAAGAAAUUACUUUCUUAUUCUAACCGUGUAGAAAGUUGACAAUGGAGCUUCCUCCUUGGCUUCUCAUCCUUGCUCUAUUUUUCACAUUUUCUAACCUAUCUAAUACACUCUUGUUUAGAAUGUCUGUUGGCAGCUCACCACCACUGAAAGUGUGAACAUUUAUCCCCUUAAAAUUGUUCUGGUAAUUCAUUAGAAUCUCCAAGUUCAGAGAUAAAAUUAGGUUUUUCAUCAGUGGUGUUUGCAUCUACUCAAUGAAGUCAAGGCUUAACCUUGAACUAAACGUUCAGAGAAACUAGAAACGAAGUGAAUAUUUCCCCCACUCUGAGUAUUGAUCGACAUAUACAGACUGGGAGAAAGGGAAUGGAAGUGUGUGUGUGUGUGUGUGUGUGUGUAUUCGGGUGCAGUGCUUAGCGCAACCAGCAGAGGGCAGUAGAGUACUACUAAAGUACCACUCGGUACUACUGAGUCAGUGUUGAGCGGACCAAGCGAGGGAAAGGUCUUUCAGGACCUUCCGUAGACAUUGCUUCCCUGGGCUCUGUAACUCACCACUGAGUACUGCUCUGCAGUUUAACUGUGUCAGGAGGACAAAUGGUGUGUGUGUGUGACCUGCGUUAACAAGUGGGACCGUGGCCACAGCAGACCGAGCAGGUCCAGUUAUGAUGCAGGUUGUCUCUCUGUUGCCCCUCAUUGCACCUUGCCUAACCAAAUGGUUAUAGUAUUAGGCUGGUGUGAGCAUGCGUCUCCAGUCUUUCCUCAGUAUUGUUAAGGCGGUAGGCCUGAUUGGGGCGUGGCCAUGGGGGUUUAGGUUUUGAGGCAGCAGAUAAAGACUCAAGGCAGCAUCCCAAAUGGCACCCAAUUCCCGAGGUACUUCUCUUGACCGGGGCCCAUAGGGCUACAUAGGUAAUAGGGUGCCAUUUGGGAUGCAACCCAGAGAGGGUUUUGCUGGGUGACAGCUGUGCAGAUAGAGAUGGAUGGGUGGUAUUUCCCCUCCCCUAGCGAGCUAUGCCUUGCAGCCUUUUCAGGCUGUAUAAGGUUAGCCCACAUCCCUUCCAUGCCUCAACUAUGUUGAAAUGAAGGCUAUUACUGAAGUUUGACAGGUGUAACAUUGUACCAUUCUUAAUUGCAUGGUUCUGCACUCUUGCCUCCCGAAAGGAGAAUUGGCAAUGACAAAACGAUACACUAGCAUGUCCGUUAUAAAUGCCACUGCUGCAUUCUGAAAGAAGUGCUGAAGAUGUGCAAUUGAGGUGCUGCCUAUUUGUUUUGACAGCCAGAGUAAUAGCCAAUUUAGAGAUGGAUGACAUAAAGAUAGCAGAUGCUCUACCAGAACGUGUGUGUGGUUUUGAGAGAGGGGACAGCGACAACUAGCGUGUGUGCCUGAGCGCGCCUCCUUUCAGGGUGCCAGUGUUCCGUUCCUCCACUCCAGGUUGGUCUGCCAUCAGACUAGAUGUGGUUGCCUUGGCAGCACUACGCUGUCUGAGCAUGCCUAGUCUAACAUCGCCCCAGACCACGUAACUGACUCACACGUAUAACAUAUUCAUGUUAAUGUCAUAAUGGUAUGUGUCCUUGAGAUAAAGCAUUUGACAAGACUUCGGUGUACAUCCCUAGGCUGUAGCAGGUGCUCUCUUAGCUUUUAUACCCUGGGAAUACAGAGGCGCAUACGAAUACACAGGUGCACACUUGUAUGUAUGUAUAGUGGGGUGUCCUUGUCAUCAGUGGUCCAUCGUCAUGGUAACAGGGAGCAGGAGCCGGCAAGAUGCCAGUGAUACUAAGAAGAAGUCUUUGGCUAAUUUGCUCCGAGCGACAAUAGCGCAAGUCACCUGCGCAUACUUUGCUUUAUCUCUAUAAUGUCCGUUUUAAGAGAAGUAUCAUGUCUCCCCUAUCGAAUGGAUUUCAAAGGUCAGUCACCCCUGUACCUUUUUUGUUGUGGUAUUAUUAAAAGGUCAGUGUCCUCCUCUGAUAGCAGCUUGACACUGUUGUAGUCCAGUUACACCACCCUUCUGAACGGAACAACGCCACUCCAGGGCUGCUUUCAGUAGCCAAACAUUGUCGACCUUUGCAGAUAGAAAUGUCAUGAAUUGAGCUGGUAUGACUCCUUAUUCUGCAUGUCAGAGAGGGGUGUUUAUUCUACAUGCUGUAUUUCUAUCUGAACGUUCAAAAAUGUUCUGCCCUGCUGAACGCACCCCAGCGAUGAAGGACAUCACACACUUCUUUCCAUAUGAGCUAGACGUUCUAAAAUAAUAACAUGGUAGGCCUUUGUGUAGUUAAAACAUUUUAUUUCUGUACCUUACGCUUCAGGUGAGCAGAGCUUUUGUUCGAUGGCAAGUAUAGGCACAUUAAAACCUAGACUUGUUUCUUCUUCAGCAUAACUUGUAAAUUAUUGCAAAAUUGUCAUUUGGAUAAAAAUGCACUUUCUCUCGAUUGAAAACAUAUAAUUUAUUUCAGCAAAUUAUUAAAGUUGUGGGAAAUCAUAGUGUUGUGUGCUAGCACCACUGUUGGGUCAGUUAUUUUGUGUAGGGUAUUUGGCGAAGCAAGCGCUAACUUAAAUAUACAUUAAGUCAAGUUCUGGAAGUAAAGCAGUGUUGCAUUUACUCAAACUAAAGACAUGAAUUAAUAACUGAUACUGAAACUCAAAUGGGAAGUUUUUUUAUAUCUUACAAUAUAUGAAGGUUUACUAACCAAUGUAAAAAGGAAAAACUGGUUUGAAAAUGUAAUGUAGAGUAAUAAAUUGUAACGUUAUUUUAAAUAAAAUGAUAUAUUGAAGAAAAAA